AUGGAUCAAACGUUAUGUGUUUUUAAGUCAGCAUGGGAAGUGAAACGAUUUAACGCAUCUAAAUCUGCACGUAAUGCUGCACGUAAGCUUAUUUAUGCAAGUCUUUCGUUACAAAUUGGAAAACAGACAAAUGACUUGAGAUUACGAAAUAUAGAAAUUCGUCAAGAGAUUCAACGACAUGAUUCUCUAUUAGUUCGAUAUCAAGAAAAAUUACAAAUACUGGAUAGUAUGAUUGAUUUAGCGUCUCAAUCCGUUGAAUUAUAUUUUGAAAAACGUAUGGAAAAUCUGUGUAACAACAUAACCAAAAAGUGGGGGGAAAUUCGAGGUAUAAUUAAUGAAGAAGCUGAACAUUGGAAAGAAAUUCAUUCAAUGAUGAAUCAAAAACUACUCAUACCAGGUGAUAUGCGCUCGUCGCGAAAUUUGCCGCGUACUGUUCAGCAAAGUCCAGCAGAAGACUUGCAUAUUAUUGAUGAAGAAGAGGAAGAACAGCAACAAUCCACGGAUGUUCCAGAAUUAUUGAAUGCCACAAGUUUGACACCAUUAUUGACACGUGCAAUAAGAAAAACUCGCCUACAGUCCAAAAUAGUCGUCACACCAGUAGCAUCAUCAUCUACUUCUAUAAAUCUAGAAGAAAACAAACAACAACAAGAGCAGCAACAACUGCAUGUCCUAUCAGCAGUCCAGCUUGAGUCAGAGACAAACAGAGAUGUUGAAAUGACAAAACAUUCAUUAGAUAUUUUAAAUAGUAAAGAAGAACGUAUGAGUGUUGUAAUUCCGCCGACACCGUUAUUAUCGAUCACGGAUAAAACAUUCGUUGUCAAAAAGCAAAUUGAAGAUGAUGAUUAUGAACAGCAACAGCAAGUUAUUGAUUUACAUAAACAAGAUGGUACUUAUAGGGCUGAAACUGAGCAUCGAUCAUCAUUAAUUUCCAAUGAAGAUGAAAAUCUAUCGUUAAGACCAAAACAAUUGAAUUUUACAGAAACUGAUACAAUUAAAAAUGAUACUACUUUACAACAAAUGAAUACCACAAAACAUACUUCAAUAAAUGAAAAUACGAGUACAAAUACACUCGUUGAACAGCAAACUCAAAUUAAGAAAGAUUCAACUUUAACAGAUCGAGAAAUAAAUGAAAUAAAAAAUAAUUAUUCAGUUUCAACACAUGUUCCUAUUGUUGAUGAAAUUGAAUAUGAAUCUGAUUCUGCUGAUGUUGAAAGUAUUGAAGUGAAUACAAAACAACGUAGUACAUUAAAAAAACGUGACAAUCAAUUUGGUAAAACAUUUAUUGUUCCAAAUAUAAAAAUUGAAGAAUUUACUAUUGACAAUAGUGAUGAUGAAAGUGACAUAAGGCGACCAACAAUUUCCGAUGAACAAUAUAAAACAAUUUUAGCAAAACCAUCAGUUUUCAUCCCAUUUAGCUCUGAUACAACUCCAUUUGAGCAAAUAUCAAAUACAGAAUAUUUUAAUGACAAAGAUCAAAUAUCUAACAACCAGAAGAGCGAUGAUGAGAGUCAGAGAAGCGAAAAACAAGUGAUCAAACGAAAAGCUGGUCGACCAAAACGUAACGAAACCCAUUUACCAACCAAAACAACCACAACGGAGCGCAAAAACCCUAGAAGACCUAGACAAAUACUAAAAGAAUUGGAUAAUAAUGAAAAAGUAACAAAAACAAUGAAAGGACAACGACGCGGUGGUCGAAAGCGAGUUGCAAGUGAAGAUACAUCGUCGUCGGAUACAAAAGCGCGAAAACGAAAACAAACAGGAUCCGAUGACGACAAUAUACCAUCAUCGAAGAAACGGACACAUAGUCCAACACCGAAGAAAUAUACACUCCAAAGAACAAAUAUUGAAGAAGAAAUUGUGAAUAUUUUCAAACUACCACCAUUACCGCCAAUUUCUGAUCCUCGAAUACAUUAUUCAACAAGAUUUUCCACACGACGUCAGACAUUAGCACCACAAGUUCAUAAUGAAAAUCUACUGCAUGGGAUUUCUAGUAGUGCUCGUCGGAAACAAAAUAAAUCACCAAUCAAUUUGAAAUCAACAUUGAAGGAGAAUAAAUUGAAUUUAGAUGAGAAUGAUAGUAAUGAUGAACAUAGUAAACGAAAGAUAAUAAAAAAAAAAUCAUCAUCAAAGACAAAAAAGUUAAAAAAAACACGAAAAUAA